AACGCCACGACGUCAUUUCCGGGAACCGCAACGCGGAAGUGUGGGAAAAGGGAGGAGAAGAAAAAAAAAAACACAACAAAAUAAUCGUUCACAUUAGUGUCGCGUUGAAGUCGAAGAAGACGCCUUAAAACACCGUUUCACCUCCCGGAUCACCGUCUUUUUUUUUACACGAUGGACUUCCUGUUCGGGAAGAGGAAGACUCCGGAGGAGCUGCUGAGGCAGAACCAGAGGGCGCUGAACCGAGCCAUGAGGGAACUGGACCGGGAGCGGCAGAAACUGGAGCAGCAGGAGAAGAAGAUCAUCGCCGACAUCAAGAAAAUGGCCAAACAGGGACAGAUGGAUGCCGUCAAGAUCAUGGCCAAGGAUUUGGUUCGCACGCGGCGCUACGUGAAGAAGUUCAUCAUGAUGAAGGCCAACAUCCAGGCCGUCAGCCUGAAGAUUCAGACGCUCAAGUCCAACAACAGCAUGGCGCAGGCCAUGAAGGGCGUCACCAAAGCCAUGGCGACCAUGAACAGACAGCUGAAACUGCCGCAGAUUCAGAAGAUCAUGAUGGACUUCGAACGCCAGAGUGAAAUCAUGGACAUGAAAGAGGAGAUGAUGAACGACGCCAUCGACGACGCCAUGGGCGACGAGGACGACGAGGACGAGAGUGACGCCAUCGUGUCCCAGGUGCUGGACGAGCUGGGUCUCAAUCUGUCCGACGAGCUGUCAAAUCUUCCCAGCACCGGGGGAAGCUUGUCGGUGGCCGGGGGAAAGAAGGCGGAGCCCCAAGCCGCCCUGGCCGACGCGGACGCCGACCUGGAGGAGCGGCUGAACAACCUGCGGAGAGACUGAACCGCACGGAGCGACGCGGUCGUUCCUACAGACGCAAACGUACUCCAAUCUCUGUGUUUUUAUAUCCUGUUGAAGGGUCAACUGGCCGAACACUCGCUGCUCCGGCUGUGUUUAUAAAGGUGUGUGUGUGUGGCUUCUCUUUGUGUUCUGAGGUGGUUUUUUUUUCAUUUAACGCGUGUGUAUAAUGUAUUUUAUCAACAACAGAAAAAGGAAUAAACCUACGAGAGUCGUUAUGCUCCACGGGUCCUCAGUCGGUGUAAAUAAUAACUCCUGGAGGCUUGAGGUUAAAGCAACACUACAAACAAAGAGUUUAAAAGAACCCAAAGUUGGUAACGGGACAGAAGUGGAUGUUUUAUAUGUCGGGCUGGUUUUUGGCGUUCUUUGUAUCCUCAUCUUCUAAAACAGUUUUAAGCCCCGAUGAGAGCUUGUUGACGACUUUUGCUGUUGUUUACUCUGCUGACAGUCGUCGGGGCUCAGCUGAAGAUCUCAUCAGUCUAAAUUCACCAAUGGGAUGCUUUAUUUUACACAAAUAUAUGAAGAAAUCAAGGUUCAUGCAGCUGACUCUUCGCCAGUGGAAAGACGAUGGUGUCGGCUGUGUUAUUGUUUGUCCUGUUUUUGCUUUUCUUUAUCCAAUAAACUUUUUUUGUUGUUUUCUUCCAUGAUUUAACUCA